AUGGUUUGCUCUGGAGACCUUGAUAUGAAGCCCUCACACCAUCUCGUUCUAGGUGGCUUUGGAUAUUCCUUAACACGGCGUUGCGGUCGUUUGCAUCGGCCUUUGGCUUGGAGUGGACGUGGGUGUUGUCCUUGGGGUCAAAAGGGGACAGCAACCGGUAUCUGGGUCUCCAUCACUUAUUACCACAAUUACCUCGUCUACGAGUAUGGCCAGACAAAAUGUAUCUCCCUCCUCUGCCGCCGAUUUGGCACCAACAGCGACGAGGACAUGUCCUCCUGUCUCUCCUGCGAGCGCCCCGCCUACUACAAGAUCGAACCGGGCGACGUCAGGAAGUCUGAAAUCACCCUACCAGAACCUAAUCACGGCUUAGAACAGGGUGGUUUUUCUCAUUUUUAG